GCUAGGGUUUCACGCCGAGGAAAAGGGGGCAGUAUGAUUUUUCCUGUUCUUUGCUUUCCUCGAGCGAGCGCCGCCACCGCUGCCGAGCGCCCCAGCCCCAUCGCUCCGUCGCUCGUCUUCCUCCUCGUGCGAGCUCCUCCACCGCAGAUAUCUAUCUCCCCUGCAAUUCUCUCGUUCCCGACCGUUUCUCCUCCAAUCACCCCACGAACAGAUCCCGCCCUUUAGCUUCCCGUUGCAUAUCCUUAAUCUUCCCCAAUUCGUAACUGAGGCAAAAAUCAAGGUAGGGCGGCCGCCCUACCUUGCCCUACCGGGUCCUCCGCCCUUGGUUAGGUCUUAAACAGUACUCCGUAGUUGUUUUAAUAGUUUCCUGUUUUACCCUGUUUGACCGAUUAGAGUGGCGUGCCUACAAACCUCAAAAUAAGUAAACAUGACAGAGAGCUUGGAUGUGCCGCUCAGUAAUACCAACGGAGUUGACACUAUUCAGGGUGAACAAAGCUUGGGUGUGCCACUCGGUGAUACCAAAGGAAGUGGCACUAUCGAUAGUGGACAGAGCUUGGAUGUGCCACUCAGCGAUACCAAUGGAAGGGCCACUAUCCAGGAUGAGCAUUCUUCUGAUGAAAUCGUGGAUCAGGUGGAUACCUUUUGGGAUGAGGUAAAUGCCAGGCUCCGCAUUGCAAGAAUUGAAGAAGAUAUCUCAAGUUCCGUGAUGCAUUCUGUCAUCAGAGGAUUUGUAAAAGAUGUAGAGCAAAAAGUAGUCCAGCAGGUUGCUUCCAAGGAUGAAGAGAUAAUGAUGCUGAAUGAAAAGCUGCUGCGGCUUGGACAUAGCAGCUUAAGUUUGCCUGAGGGUCGGGAUAGAAAAUAUGAUGAAAUUUAUAGUCUUCGCCAGCAGCUUGAUGCCAUUUCGAAGUCACUCAUGAGUUCUGAGUGGGGGUUUUCAGGAUCGCCGUAUAACUCUGAAGGUGCAGAAGAUGUGAGUAAACAUAGAGGCAAGGAACAAUCCUCUAGAAAUGGUUCAACAAAGGAAGAAAAUCCUGAAGCCUCUCCUGAAGUUGUUUUUGGUGAUCUGUCAUAUCUGAAGCACAUGGAUCGGGAUGCUCUAAUAGCCCAUUUUAUUAAAGAGAUGAAUAAUAUGAAAAUGCGCCAUAAUUCAGUCGUGGAAGAUAAGACAGAAGAGAUAAUCUUACUAAAGGGGAAGCUCCUAAAAAAGGAAGGAUCGAACCCAUCUAAUUUACGGAAUAACAAAGAAUUUGAGCAAAUGAGGAAGAAAAUUGGAGAAGCUAUGGCAAAGUUGGAUGGGUUUCUCGUGGAGAAUAAUAAGAGAAGUACUUCUGGCAUCAAGGCGGAAGCAUUUGCUGACCAAAGAGAGAGGAGCAAUAUUGUAGAUUCUGAAAUCCAGCAGAUACAAGGUGCUGCCACUAGUAAUGAAGAAGCCUGUGGCUUUCGAACUCGGGAUUCAUACUCUGUAUCCAUGAAGGAAGAUCAUGUAAGGAAAAUUGGAUUGUUAGAAUCUGAUAUUGAAGAUGCCAGGAUCACAACCAUCAUUAGAGAGGAGAUAGAAAUGCUUGUACUAAGAGAGUUCAUUAAUGAAAUAAAAAUGGGAUUGCAUGGUUAUGAGAUGGAAUAUAAUAUGAAGCAAGACAUCUGUGCAGUCAUUCAGAAUGAAGCUGUAGCAGAAGCAAUGUUAGACCUCAAUUCUUCAUUGUUGAAGUGCAAUGAGGAAAAAACCUGCGCCGAAGCAGCAUCAACUCUACAAAAGCAGGAGAUUGAGAAUCUGAAGCUAGCUGUGGACUCCUUGAAUAAAGUACUAAGGGAAAAGGAGGCAUUUGUGUCUCAGAUUGAAUUGGGAGCAAUGAAGGAUCAUAUAGAUUCGUUAUUCCAUCAGCUUGAUUUACUAACAGAUAAAGUGGAAAAGCAAGACUCUUGUAUAUCUGAAAAGAACAGGGAGUUUGAUGUCAUUGUAGGCAGGCUGGAGCAAGCUCUGCAACAUGUUCAUCACAAUCAGAUCAAUUUGAAUGACUUGCAUGAUAGAUUUCGAAAUGCUAGUGGCUGUCUAAAUGAGGUGGAGAAACAAAAUCAAGUUUUACAUACCAUCAUCAAAGAAAAGGAGAAUAUAUUCACAUCGACCAUUUCUAAAGAAAAGGAGUUCAAAGAAUGCGUGACAAGUCUUGUUCGAUCCAUGAAAGAGUUUGAAAAUUUUGUUACAGAUCAACAAACUGUCAUUGCAAAUAAAGUUCAGCACAGUGAAUUAAGGUUUUGCUUAUUGAAAGAACAAUGUAAGCAUCUCACGAAAGAAGGCAAUCUUUUAAAAAAGAAGGCAUUGCGAUAUAAGGAGAUAUCUGAGACAAGAGGUUCUAAUCUUCAGAAAGCUGAGCUUGAGGUGGAUUUACUUGGUGAUGAGGUUGAGGCUUUAACGGAUCUUCUUGCAAAAAUCUAUAUUGCACUCGACCACUAUUCUCCGGUUUUGCAACAUUAUACUGGGGUUAUGGAGACUUUGAACAUGAUCAAGAAACACAUAAGCAUAGCGAAGUAAAAAGCCUAUGCAGAUUUAUACCAGCUGAUCUAAUGUUCAUAACAGUCUUGGUUCUAUUAGCCUGAAGGUGCAGUCAAGCCGUCUGCGAUAGCAUAUCUAGAUGGUUCAUAUCCCUUUCUAUAAAAUCAAGGACUAAGUAAUGCAAAAUAGCUCUCUUCCCUCCGUAGGCAGUAGUUCUGGUAGUCUUUUUCAGCAUUUCUUGUAAAUGACCCAGCCGUGGUUAACCCUAGAUGUUAUGGGUUUUGUCACCUGCUGUUCUGCAAAGGUGAAAUCUGGAAUACUGAUCCACUUAAUUGACCGGCUACAACAGUAAUGGAGUAUCUGUAUUUUGUGACUGAAGAUGUAUGCUAUUUAUCUAGGAGAUAAUAUUAAUAUGUUGAAACAUCUCUGUUUACAACAA